AUGGAACCUGCCUGUGAAUGUAGUCCGCCCAGGCAAGAUAUUUUGAUAGGGAGCGUCCCCAUCCGACUCGGCGAUGUCUGCGUCCGCAACGGCCAGGGUCUAGGAUUUGGCGCGCCAGAGUCGGCAGGGUCAGGGUCAAGGUCAAGAGCGCGCCAAGCGGCAGCCUCGGCGAGUCUCGUGAGUCCUGCCCUGGAUGCCCAUUCCAUCCCUGGAGCUGCGGCCCAAGUCGACAUCGAGUCCAUCGCUCGCGGCGAAAUGCCAAGACCGCCGGAAGCCACGGUGUGGUUCCGGCAGAAACGCCGCCCAGGAGGCACCCAGCACCGGUCGACAAGGGGACUCCCUCUCGUUCGCUGCUCGCGGCUCUCCGCCAAGCGUCUCUCGUCCCAAAGUGGCAAGUCGUCAUGCACAGACGGUUGUUGCGAGUUUCAUUUCCGACCUGUUGCCGUCGCGGCGCGGCUCCUGGUCGUCGAUGCCGAAGUCCUGAGGCGAGUGUCACGUGCGCUGCUCGUCGGCCAGCAAGAGACGUCCGGUUCUGCCGUCAUGGGCUUUGCGGCUGCUUCCAUCCUUGGUCAUUGA